UAUCAUUUUUUCAUGUUUUGAAAGAAAGAAAAAAAAAAACCGGGGCCUCAGUACGCACUUUCAGCACCAAGAGCGAGUGAACCCGCAGCUGUACUCCUGCUGCAACAACACCUCUUCUCUCCCUCGCCUUCGGGCAACCACAAGAAGCUACACACACAUUACAUUCAUAAAAUCUCGAGAGAAAAACAGUGAUGAGCACAACCCAGAAACCCAAACAACAAUCACAUCAAUCAUUACCCAACAUGACCUCUCAACCCUGAAUCAAUCAAUCAAUCAAUCAAACAAACCCCUCCAUAAACCCCCAAAAUUCCCUUCUUCACACCACCACCACCAAUGACUAUACAUUCAGUUGUCAUCCAAAAACUCCUCAGCACAAACGCCCAUCUAGGCCGCCGAGUCGCGGCCCACCACUUCAAAAUCUACACCUAUGGCUCCCGCAACGCAAUGACCAUCAUCGACUCCGACAAAACCCUAAUCUGCCUCCGCAACGCCUGCCAAUUCAUCGCCAAUCUGGUCCGCCAAAAGGGCCGAUUUCUCUUCGUCAACACCAACACUCUCUUCGAUGAAAUCGUCUAUCAAAUGACCCAAAAAAUCGGCUGCGCCAGCGACACUUCGUGGCGGCUUGGCGGCUUCUUGACCAAUAGCGGUAGCCCUAAGAAGUUUCGGUCCCGGAACAAGAAGCUCCACCUCGGCUCCAUUCAGCCGCCGGACUGUGUUGUGAUCAUGGACACUCAGAGGAAGUCUUCGGUCAUUUUUGAAGCUGAUAAGCUUCAGAUUCCGAUUGUGGGUUUGGUGGAUUCGAGUAUGCCUUGGGAUAUUUAUAAGAGGAUUACGUACCCCGUUCCGGCCAACGAUUCGGUGCAGUUUGUGUAUUUGUUCUGUAAUUUGAUCACUAAAACUUUUUUGCUGGAACAGAAGAGAUUUGCCGCCGCAUUGGGAGCUACUAAGAGGGAUGAGCAAUUGAGUCAUCCAAUGACUGAUACUGGAGAUGUAUCGGAAAAUAUCAAGCAGAGCAAGACCAGUAUUGGGAACAAUGAAAUCUUUGUUAUUCCUUAUGAAAGCCUAGGUCUCACUUCUGAUGAUCCCUUGGAAACCAAGGAGCUCUUGGACAAGCUUGUUGUGUUAAAGUUAAAUGGUGGUUUGGGGACAAAAAUGGGUUUCAAUGGUCCAAAGUGUGCCAUUGAAGUUUGCAAUGGAUUGACAUAUCUUGACUUGAUUGUUAAUCAGAUCGAGUCUCUCAAUUCUAAGCAUGGAUGCAAUGUUCCCUUGAUUUUGAUGAACACAAUCAGAACACAUGAUAGUACCCUGAAGGCAGUGGAGAAAUAUUCGAAGAAAACUGUUGAUAUUCUUACUCUGUGCCAGAACCAAAGUUACCCAGUCAACAAACGACAGGACAGUGAGGAUGAAAUGUAUCAUUUUGAUCAGCAGCGGCUAUUUCUUUCCUUGAAGAACACUGGUACCCUUGAUGCAUUAUUGUUGCAGGGCAAGGAAUAUAUCCUUGUGGUGAAGUCAGAUAACCUGGGAACAGUGGUUGACUCAAAAAUUCUAAAUCAUCUUGUCCAGAACCGGAUUCAAUACUGUAUGGAGGUGACACCCAACAUCUCACCUGAUUUUAAAGGGGGCAUCCUUAGUUCCUAUGAAGGGAAGUUUCAGCUCUCAGAAAUUGCACAGAUACCUGACAAACGUUCAGCAGAGAAGUUCAGACUUUGUGAUACAAGUAACUUGUGGGUGAAUCUGAAGGCCAUAAAAAGGCUUAUUGAAACUGAUGCACUGAAUAUGGAAAAUUAUCCAGUUUCAAAGAAAGUGAAUAAUGAUGAAAUUCGCUUGCAAGAAACAGAAGCAAGUUCAGCAAUACGGUUCUUUGAUCGUGCCAUUGGUGUUACUGUUCCACAAUCUUGCUUUCAACCAAUGACGAGAACAUCAGAUUUACUAGUUGUCCAGUCAGAUCUGUACACCUACACUGAAGGCGUUUUAACCCGAAACAGUGCUAGAACAAAUCUUGCUGAUCCUUCAAUUGAAUUAGGACCUGAGUUUGAAAAGCUUAGUGACUUCCAGAGUCGUUUCAAGUCAAUUCCUAGCAUCAUCGAGCUUGAUAGCUUGAAGGUGAUGGGUGAUGUUUGGUUUGGGACUGGUAUAAUUCUCAAGGGCAAAGUUACCAUUGUUGCAAAACCCGGUACAAAAUUAGAAAUACCUGAUGGAGCAGUUAUUGAAAACAAGGAGAUCAGUGACCCAAGGGAUAUAUGAGGAUCCUUAAAAUUUUUGUUGCACGCCGGUAGGAGAAGAUAAGCUGCAAAAUGUUUUGUUGUAACAUGUAAUGCAUUGAGGCAUAUAUCCCUCCGUGUUCGGGUUUUGUUUCUAUAAAAUUUUGUUUGAUUAAGCAUAUUCUUUCUUUCUUUGGUAGAAGAUAGCACUAUUGAUAGAGCUGACCAACUAAAUAAAAAUUCGUGACGUGCGAAUUUCAUGUCGAGCUUGAAGGCUACUGUUGUUAGGAGAAUUGAAACUUAUUUCCCUAGUGUUCUUGUUAGUUAUUUUUGCUGAUCUUCAUAUUAGCAGGCAGCCAAAAAAGGGGGGAAAAAAAGGGGUUAUAAACAGAAGAAACAUAUGUAUAGAGUACAUACCCCCAAAAAAACAUACCUAUAGAGAACCGCAAAUCGACUGUUCUGCAGCUCUACUGUAGAAUAUUGCUUAAUCAAAUUCAGCCAAAUAUAUACAUUGAUCCUCAAAUUUUUAUUUUUUUAUUUUUUUA